AUGAAGAACGAGGCCACAAUAAAUGCAGAACAAGAGAAAUUGUUGGAGAAUGCUACACGGGUGGUCAAAGCGGAAUCGUUGGAAAUGAAGCGAUGCCUCGAUAAGGGUGAAACGAUGGACGCAUUGAAACAUGCUUCCCAGUUUUUGAACGAAUUGAAAACCAGCGAACUUUCUCCGAAAUUCUAUUACAGAUUAUAUAUGGACGCUGUAAGCGAACUGCAGCAUUUGGAAGCUUUCUUGGUUGAUGAACACGAACGCGAUCAGAAGAAAAUUGAGAAUCUCUAUGAGUGUGUACAAUAUGCUGCAGCAAUCGUUCCGCGAUUAUACCUCUUGAUAACCAUCGGAGUGGUGUAUAUCAAAUGCGGCGAGGAUACGCGUCGCAAUAUUCUUAGCGACCUUGUUGAAAUGUGUCGCGGAGUGCAGCACCCGCUGAGAGGUCUUUUCCUCAGAAACUAUUUGCUGCAAAGUACUCGAACUCUUCUCCCAGAUAAUCCUGAUCUAAAUACUACAGAUGUGAAUGACUUGCCUGAGUCCGACAAAAACCCGCGAGAAUGUGAUGGAACCGUAUCGGACGCGAUUCACUUUGUGCUGGUUAAUUUUGCCGAAAUGAACAAGUUAUGGGUACGGAUGCAACAUCAAGGACCAUCGAGAGAGCGGGAGAAACGGGAAAAGGACCGCAUGGAGCUGCGGAUACUCGUUGGAACGAAUCUUGUUAGACUGUCGCAGCUUGAGAACCUAACAGAAGACAUAUAUGUGAAAGAAGUAUUACCAAGCAUUCUCGAGCAGGUGGUGUCAUGUAGAGACCACAUUUCCCAGGAAUAUUUGAUGGAGUGUGUUAUUCAAGUGUUCGGAGAUGAUUUCCACCUUGCCACUUUGAAUGAAUUUCUGCGAGCAUGUGGAGAUCUUGUGCCGGAAGUGAAUGUUAAAAACAUCCUCAUUGCGUUGAUUGAAAGGUUGGCUUUAUUCGCUGCUAAUCCGGAAGGACCUGGUAUACCCGCAGACAUUCAACUGUUCGAUAUCUUUUCGGAGCAAGCCAAGAAUCUUGUUAAAAAUCGUACAGAAAUGCCUAUGGAGGAUAUUGUGUCUCUCUAUGCUGCUCUGGUGGGAUUAGCGAUCAAGUGUUACCCGAAUAGGCCCGAGUUUGCAAAUACAUCGUUCGGUAGCUUGAAAUGUAUUCUAGAAGAGAAAAAGAUAACUGCCAUUGAACCUUUUGGCCCCGUCGGUCGUGAAUUGAUGAAACUGAUCCAGUUACCAAUUGAUGAAUUCAAUAAUGCUUUGAAAAUUGCCGAGCUCACUGAGUUUGUUCCCGUGAUGGAAAGUUUCAAAUAUCACGGACGUUGUCUGGCUGCAUCACACAUCAUUCAGAAUAUGCUUGAACAUGGAACAUUGAUGAAAACUGAAGAAAAUGUAGCGGUAAUGUGUGCUAUGUUACAUUCAUUGUUGGUAGACCAACAAGACCAACCUCCUAAUGCGGCGGAAACGGAAGACUUCGAGGAUGAACAGCAUUAUGUGGCUCGAUUUGUCCAUCUCAUCCAAGCUGAUACUCCCGAUGAGCAGUUUUUGUUGCUGAAUAAUGCAAGGAAAAUUUUGGGUGCAGGUGGAAAGGCCAGGAUUCGGUAUACCUUAACUCCUAUCAUAUUCGAACUUUAUAAGCUCAUAUUGCGUUUCGUCGAUCUUAAAGAUGAGCCCAACUGGGAGGCGAAAAUGCGAAAGAUGUUCAUGUGUGCAAUGGGAACGAUCGGUGCAUUGAUCACCACUGCGGAGAUGUCAGAUUUGCCGUUGAAGUUAUACCUGGAGGGUGCCAUGGUGGCUGACAAAGUACCUUUACCCGAUGCCUCUUCGGUUGUCUACGAAUUCAUUUCCAAGGCCAUGUCUGUGUUCGAGGAUGAAAUUGCGGAAUCUCGUGAACGAAUUAGUGCAAUGUCGUUGAUUGCUGGUACGAUGUUGGAAAUCAAGAACUUGCCAUCAGAAAGCUGGCACACACUUGCCGGUCAGAUUGUUGUCGCCGCCUCGGCUAAAAUGUUCAAAAAGGCUGAUCAAGUGAAAACUCUUUGCACAGUGGUGACAUUGUAUUGGAAAGGUCAAACUGCUGAUUCUGACGGCAUGAUGAGAAAUGGUGAUAAAGUCGUAGAAGUAAUGAAGAAGGCUGCCAAGAUAGCAACGCAGUGUCUUGAACCCAUCGUUCAGCAGCAGCUUUUCGUUCAAAUUAUCAACACUCUCCUUUACUUCUACGAGGACAAUUGUGUUGAGGUGACUGAGGACAUGCUUGUGGAUCUGAUAUCUCGCACCAAAGACAAUGCUGUACAGCUCGACGUUAGUGCCGAAGCAGACGCUCUCGAAAAACACCUAGCUAUGACAUUACAGCAUAUCAAAAGAUCAAAGGACAAGCGCCCAGGAUUAGCAGAGCGGCUUCAGUUGUAG